UAUGGCGGUGUGCGGUGCAGUCAUCGCGUUGGUGCUGGCGGUCAUUUCACCGAGUCAUCAAGUUGGCAUCAUCAUUCCCAACACAACCCCCUCACAACCUUCGGAAACGUUUGAUGAUGUUGGUGCUGUCAGCGAUGUCGAAGGCUACACCCGGAACGCAGAUCGUGAUUUGCAUUACUGCAAAAUAAGGAGCUUCUACUACAGAGAUUUCAGAUAUGAAGAUUGCAUUGCCGAAGUUGUGGGGAAGAAGAUACUGACGAGUUUCAACUCUCUCCCCACUGCAACCAUUGAGUCUGUGUACGCCAACUCCCUGUCUGAUGAAGAGGACACGAGCACGGCGCUGUCCUACCUCGACAGGGUGUAUUACGCCAUGCUGAAACGUCGGUACGGCACCGCAGUCGACGACCUGGACGACGUUCUCAGGACAUAUUUCAGCACAAGGGUGACGAAAUACACCGCCAGGUUUCUCACUGGAGGAAAAACAUUCCAGCAGGUAGAGGCAGAAAUUCUGGCGGAAGAGAGGGCUCGGCUCAACGUCGGCAACAACGCUGCGGCAGCGUUCUGGAACGGGGUCAACACGCUUCGAGGAUACCGACGACCUAUUAUCCGAUAUGGUGUUCAGUGCUACUCGGGAUACUUUUAUGGCCGUAUUGGCUACUAUGGAAGACGUCGGUUCUGUCGAAUGUUGGGGCGCCUGGCUCGGGGGAUGUACGCCCGCCGAGGAUACAGCCGCCUGCUUGCCAUCCUGGGAUAUGCUUGCCCCAACAUCAUCAACUUCCUCAGUCAGGUCACACCAGUUAGGCCAACCCCACGGCCAACACCAGUACCGACUGCAGCUACGACAACCACAACAACCACAACGACCACGACUACGACCACGACCACCACGCCCGCACUAAAAUCUUGCGGCACGGUCCUGGAUCCCGCUGUCUCGACACAAAUACGAAACACGCUGGUGUCCCUCCGCGUGGUCAAUGGGGCUUCGGCCAACGUGGGAGAGUAUCCCUUCACCACCACCCUCCUCAUCAACGGUCAGUUUGCAUGCGGCGCCACCAUCAUCGACUCAACUCACAUAAUGACCGCUGCCCACUGUACAGCUGGACAGACUGCCUCCUCACUCUCAGUGGGCGUGGCUGAAUUUGACCGGACCAAAGCUGACGGAGAGCAGGUCAUCCAGGUGACGGCCAUCACUGACCACCCUAACUACGACUCAGUUAAAACAAUCAAUGACAUCUCGAUACUGACCCUGGAGACGCCAAUUGACGGCAUAGAUAAUGCAGAACCUGUGUGUCUCCCUACUGGCACUCAGUGCAACAAUCUCGCCAACCGGAAGUGCACCGUCACCGGAUGGGGCGCAACCGCCGUAACCAAUGGUCGCCCAGUGGCGUUCCCGAACACACUACAGGAGGCCGUAGUCGACACUUACGAUGCCGCGAGGUGCCCUACAAACUCCCCCGCCCCCUCUGACGUCAACACCCAGAUCUGUGCAGUCGGCAACACGGACACCUGUAACGGUGACUCCGGCGGGCCGCUUGUGUGCCAGUAUGAUGGGGCGUGGGUUCAGUGUGGUAUUACGUCCUAUGGACCUGCGAACUGUAACUUGUCUGGGACUAACGGCAUCUACACUGACGUCUCCGCCUACACCGACUGGAUCAACGCCGUCAUCAACAACUAGAUCUUUGUCAGAUAUGCAGGAAAUAAAACUAGAUUG